UAUGUUUAUAUUUUGUUCUGCAUUUGCACUUGUAGAUUUAUGUGUGUGUUUCUCAGUGCUUUUGCAUAGUAAAUAUAACAAAAAAAAAGAACGACUUGUGAAUUAUUUCAACUUUCCUAUCCUUUCUAUAUCAAAAUAAAUAAUUCGAUUAAAGAGAUCGAUCUGUAAAUACAAAUGCUUUCUAAAUAUUUUUUAUAUCUUUAUAAAUAUUUUUAUUUAUAUUGGACUUCAUCAUUUAACAUUAUUGUGUUAUGAAAUUUAAUAAAUAAAAAAGGCUAUAAUUAAUUAUAAAUGAUAAAGCGUAAAAUCAAAACUAAAAGAUAAGUAUUAUCUAUUGGACACUCCUACUGUGUUUUUGUUCAAAACGGAUGUAUAUAAUCAUCGUGGUAAAGAAUUGUAAGCGAUGAAAAUCACAUCAUCAAAAUGUCACUGAAGCUACAGUUCAUUAAAUGCAUCUUUUGUGUGAUUUUAUAUCUAUUAACAUGUUUACUUUUUUUACAAUUAAAAGCUAAACUAAAUUUAAUAAAACAUAUCUAUAUUGAAGAAAAUAAUAAAAUAAAAGAAAUAGAUCUUUCUUCAACAAUGUUUCCAUACAAUAAAAAAUCUGUUAAUUCAAAUAUAAAACUAUCACGAUGUGAUAGGGUAAAACUUGAAUCAAAUUAUCAGCAGGAAAAUGGAUUAUUACUUAAACAAAUUUCAAAUACAUGUAUAAAAUAUAAUUUGAAAACUCCAUUAGUAAAAAAACAUUUCUUAUAUAGUCCUAAACAUAAAUCAUUAUAUUGUUGGAUCAGGAAGGUUGCAUCUACUAGUUUUACAACAUUAUUCUCUAAUAUACAAGAACAUAGGUUUUUUAAAAACUAUUAUAGAAAUAUGAACUCUUUAACACCUCAUAGUUCAAAAGAGUUACAACAUUUGACUAAUGAUUCAAAUAUAUUUAAAUUAUUAGUUGUAAGACAUCCAUUUGAAAGGCUUGUUUCAUCAUAUAGAGAUCGAAUAGAAGAUAAUACAAAAUAUACUGAUCAAGCUUGGAUAUAUACCAAAAAAAUAUAUCAUUUUACAAGACCAAAUUUAUUUCGUUCUAAUAAAACAACUGGUAGUUUCUUCCAAAAAAUAUUUACACGUGAUAAAAGAUUACAAAUAGUACCUACAUUUAAAGAAUUUAUAGAGUGGCUAUUACAGGAAUCGCCUAAACACGAUGAUGUACAUUGGGAUCAAUAUUAUACCCAUUGUGCUCUUUGUAAUAUAAAUUAUAGUUUUAUUUUAAAAUUAGAUUACUAUACUUUCGAUCAGAUUAAUUACAUUUUUUCCAAAUUUGGGAUAGAUAAAAACAACAUGGAUUUACCAAAUUUGGAACAAAGUAAAGGAGGAUGUACUGAUUUCAAACUGACUUGUAAAUAUUUUCAAAAUUUGACACAUAACACUAUUCUAAAAUUACAUGAAAGAUAUAAAAUAGAUUUUGAAAUGUAUAAUUAUGAUUUGGAUAAGUACUUACUAUGUAAAUCAGAAAUUACUAAGAUAUAAGAAUUAAAAUAUGCAAAAAAUAUUUAUUUCUUAUACAUUUUUUUAAUUAUGAAUACAAGAAUCAUUCUACAUUUUACGACGCAAAUACAAAAAUGAAGAUAGACAAGAAAUGAUCUAAAAGAUUAAUUAAUUUAACUUCUAUGUUAUAAAUAUUAACAAAA